GCAGAAAGUCGAAACUCCCUUGCACAUGGCAGCCAGAGCUGGGCAGACUGGUGUAACACGCUUCCUUCUGGAGAAUAAUGCCCACGUUGAUGCCAAAGCUAAAGACGAUCAGACUCCCCUGCACUGCGCUGCCCGCCUCGGCCAUCUCGAAGUGGUCAAGCUCCUGCUGGAGAAUGGGGCGUGCCCGAAAUCGGCCACCACCACUGGCCACACACCCCUGCACCUGGCCUCCCGGGAGGGCCACCUGGAUGUGGUGGAGGUGCUGCUAGACCAUGGUGCCUCACUCACGCACAUGACCAAGAAAGGCUUCAGCCCUCUCCACAUCGCUGCAAAGUACGGAAGGUUACGGGUCAUGGAGGUGCUGCUGCAACAUGGUGCACAGCCAAACUGCGCAGGAAAGAAUGGAUACACCCCAUUGCACAUCGCAGCCAAACAGAACCAAGUGGAGAUUGGGAAGAAACUGCUGGAACAUGGAGCAUCAGCUGACACCGAGUCCUUUCAGGGAGUGAGUCCCUUACACCUGGCUGCACAGGAUGGUCAUGUCGACAUGGUGGCACUCCUGCUGGAGCAUGGAGCGAACGUCAGCCUGGGCAGUAAGAAUGGCCUGACGCCGUUACAUCUGGUCGCCCAGGAGGACACGGUCCCUGUCGCUGAAUUACUCAUCGAUCACCAAGCAUCGGCCGAGCCAACGACCAGGAGCGGAUACACACCCCUGCACAUGGCCUGUCACUACGGCAACAUCAACAUGGUGAAGUUCCUGCUCCAGCACAAAGCCAAUGUCAAUGCGAAGACCCAGAUGGGGUACACCCCGCUGCACCAGGCUGCUCAGCAAGGUCACACCGACAUUGUUAAUCUCCUCCUCAAACACGGAGCCUCUCCAAAUGAAACCAACGUGAAUGGCAGCACUGCACUUGCAAUCGCAAAGAGACUUGGCUACAUCUCUGUCACUGAUGUCUUAAAGAUUGUGACAAACGAACCCAUUAGCAUGGUGAGUGUGACUGGGACUGACGGCCAGGCUCGGGAAACAGUCUCAGGCUUCCCCAUGACCUGCCUGUACCCG